CGUGAAGGCACUAAACACACAAAACACAUACAAUGUCAAAAAAAAUAUCAAUAUUGGUGAGAUUUUCAAUGGCUGCUAGCUGCACCUUGAAGUGAACAAAAGCAAUACUACUAGCAGUUUCCUCACUUUCUUAAAAUCUAGUUUUAUGUUCUUUUUUCUACUAUAUAUUACAAAUUUACAACCAUUGAAACUCAAAACCCUGUUUUAUUAUUAUAGAUAGUUAUAACUUUUUUCUCUCUUAAUCUUGAUGAGUGGUUCCAUUUUUUUUCUGGCGAGAGAAAGCAGCAGGGUCUUCUGCUAAAUUUGAGAACACUGUGUUCAACAUCUCCCCUCGUGUUUCGAGCUUUAGUUACUUGAAAUUUUCAUCAUAAUUUAUUAAUUUCCCAACAAACUGUUUUUUUUUUCUUCUGUUUGUAGAAAACAGCUAAAAAGCUGUAGAAUGAACUUUUACUAAGAUAUUAUUGCAGCUGCAGCUACUAUUUUCCGUUUCUUGCAAGUAUCGGAUCAGAUUCUAAAAGUUAUAAUCUUCAAUCUUUGUGCCUUCUUUUCUUGCUUUCUUUAAAAAGAAAGUUCACUUGCUUCCAAAGGAAAGGUAUCUAGUUCUUUUCAAGAUCACUCAAUACAGUAAUAAUCACAUUGCAUUUGUGCGACUGAUGAUCGAAAAUCAUGAAAAGUUGAAAACACAGUUUUAACAGAUCACUGCAUGAUCAUGAAUCAAUAUAAAACAAUGUGAACUGUUUUAUGGAGAAGAACUGUGGGAGAAGAGAAAGUAUAAAUCAAAUAGGAUGUAUGUGGGUGUUCAUCAGCAUCUUUGGAUCUAACCAUUAGCGUUUCUUGAUGGAUAUGAAACAUGGUAGCAAAAGACUUGCAGGUAAUGAUGAGAAGAUGCAGCUUACCUGUUCUUCUGAGAGCUCUCAGGAUGUCUCUAUUGCUGGUGAUGAACAUGUAGAGACUAAGGCUUGUGAAGAAAAGUUCAGUGAGAUGAUCAAGCGGUUGAUAGCUCAGAAAGAAGGAGAGGUCCAAACCUGCAAGGACUUGUUGGAGGCUUUUCAAGUUUUGAGUUCUGAAGAAGAAUCACUCCUCAAGAAGGUAUCACAUGAAGAUGCUCAAAGCAUGGGAGGAGAUUCCAAGAGAGUUGUAAUAGAAGAAGAAAGACCUGAAGCAGUCUCAAAACAAGAGGCUGUGGUGGUGGUACCAAAGAGGAAAUAUACAUUCUUCAGAAGGAAAUGGAGAUCAGAAGAGAGGAGAAACAGAACAUCUCAAAUUGUUGUUUUGAAACCUGCUCCAAAUAGUUUGGAUGUAGAUUCUACAAGCAACAAGUCCAAAACAGGAAGAACCUUUUCUCGGUUUCUUAUUGGUUUAAUCAAAAGAAGACUACACUCUGCCGUUGGUAAGAAGUCAUGUGAUGUUCUUGUUGAUAGGAGCCAAAACCGUUGCGUGCAAGAAGAGAUACAGAGCAAUGAAGAAGAGGACACUGUCCAGACAAGCGAAGAUUCAAAGAAGACUAUGUCCGGCUUGUACGUUGCAGCGAGGAAACACUUGUCUGAAAUGCUUGCAAAUGGAGAUAUAGAUGUGAGUUUACCAGAUAAGGAAGUGCCAAUAAUCCUGGGAAAGAUUCUAUCCCUCCCUGAGUUUUCAUCACCAGUAGAUAGCCCUAGACUGAUCCCUCCGCAUGAUUUGGUUAACCAAACAACCGAGAAGUCAAAGAUUCUGCAAUGCGGUCCAUGUACAGAUGGUCUUACUGAUGAAGAUUCAGACAAAGAUGAUGAAACAUUGUUUACCAUCGAUGUCUCUGCCCCCAAAGUAGCUAAUUCCUUGAACAUUGGUUCAAACUCAAUGCGUGUAGACCAUGCGAAGGAAGCUAAGAAGAUAGAGAUAGAACCAUUAUCUGAAACUAGCAGCUCUUCCAUUUCCGGACAAGUCGAAUAUCUUGAUGAAGAUGUGUAUGAAUGUCGUGAAGAAGACGGAGAUAAACAAUCAUCAAAUAAGGAAAUGUUCAACCAAAUGCACUCUUCUCCUCCAGAGUCUCCACCAAGUUCUUCAGUUAGGAUGACUGAAUGCAAAGAACCGGCCACUGAUGUUCAGGGAAAGCUAAGCCCCGUCUCUGUGCUCGAACCUCUGCUUACAGAUGAUGAGAGUAGCCCAACAACAACAAGCACAAGGUUCAAUUCAGGUGAAGUGAGGAUACAACCACUCUGCAUAAGAUUCGAUGAAGCUGAUGAUUCUCCAAAACCAGAAGAAUCCAACAAUCUCAAAACAAGCGUGGAUGACAAGAACUUGAUACUUACAUACAUUGAAGCCGUUGUGAAAUCCUCAGGCUUGAGCUGGGAAGAGCUUUUGACCAGGCCCUUCUACUCAGAACAGCUUCUUCUUGAGCCAGAGUUAGCAGAUGACAUAGCUUUCUCUCCUACACAGCUCUGCGACGAUAAGAGUCUCCUUCAAGACUGUAUCAAUGAAGUUCUUAUGGACUUCUGUGGGAACGAACUGAAUCCAGGUCCUUGGGUUUCGUUUCUGAAACCUGAAGUCCAGCUGAUCUCAGACAUGGAGAUCGCAGCUAAAGUGGCACAAGAAGGGGUUUACUGGCAUCUCCUUCCUUUGCCUUCUCCUCACACUUUAGAUCAGAUGGUGAAGAAAGACAUGGCUAGAACAGGAAGCUGGAUGGAUAUCAGGUUUGAUGUUGGUUGGAUUGGUUCCGGCGCAAGUGAACUGAUCCUUGAUGAUCUAGUAGAAGAGAUCAUCAGAGACAUGGUUCAAGCUGAACCAAUGCAGGAGCAGAACAGCAACAACAACCUAUGAUGAGUCUCUUUGUUUAGUUAGACUUUCUUGUACAGUUUCACUUUCAAUACUCUGUUUUUGCUUUCCAGUGGCUUAUGUAGCUUACUCAGCCAAGAGAGUUUUGUAUGAGAGUGUGGUAAUAACAUGAGAACUUUAAAUAAGACAAAAGAUUAUGCUUUUUGUUAA